GCUACGUGUUGUUCAUUUAAACCCCCGCCUAUACGGAAAAGCGACCAUGAAAUUAGCGUUUCGGUGCGCUUACUUUACUUUUUCCCGCUCGGUAAACCCUAACCCUAGCCCCCAUUUCGCUCUCAUCCUCGUGAAGAUCGACAAUCUCCGACCGCUGUCAGCCGCUAGGUGCUGCUCUUCGUCUCCGAUGGUGGGCGGUGAAGCUGACGCGCCUUCUUCGCCUUCCUCCACGCUGCAGAAGCAAUUCGAUGGCUUCCGGAACCAUCUGGAAGAGUCCGGGAGGUUGCGCGAGAGCAUCCGGGCUGUGACCAUGGAGAUUGAGUCGGCGAACAGGUUCAUGCACUCUGGCCUCCUCCGGGUUCACCAGUCUCGGCCUGUUCCUGAAGUCUUGAAGGAGGUCAAGUCUCAGAUAGGCAGUCUGAAAGAGCUUUAUCAUAAACUUGCUGAAAUUCUUCAAGAAUGCCCUGGGCAGUAUUAUAGGUAUCACGGGGAUUGGAGGAGUGAGACUCAAACCGUGGUAUCACUGCUGGCCUUUAUGCAUUGGCUUGAAACUGGGAACCUUCUUUUGCAUCCUGAAGCUGAGGAGAAGCUUGGGCUGAAUAGUUCAGAAUUUGGUCUGGAUAUUGAAGAUUAUCUUAUUGGAAUUUGUUUUAUGUCCAAUGAACUGCCAAGGUAUGUGGUGAACCAAGUGACAGCUGGGGAUUAUGAUUGCCCAAGAAAGGUGUUGAAGUUCUUAACAGAUCUUCAUGCAGCAUUCCGGAUGCUUAACCUUCGAAAUGACUUCUUGCGCAAAAAGUUUGAUGGAAUGAAGUAUGACCUCCGAAGGGUUGAAGAAGUUUACUAUGAUGUCAAAAUUCGGGGCUUGGCAGCUAAUGGAGAUUCAAUGGGGGACCAAGAAGCCCAAGGAAGAUCAUAGGUUAUAUAGCUUGAAUUUGGCACAGAAUGUCAAUCAUCAUACGGGCCAUUGUAUAUCUUGAGGAUAAUUCUGUUCACAAAAACCUGAGUCGACCCGAGGGCCAUCUUCUUCUGAGCACCCAGCGAGAAUAAAUUAGCAGCGGAGUCACAUUUUUGUGCAGACUAAGAUGUGAAGAAAAAAAUAUGGUUUUUGGUGAGAGAAGUGCUUUUAAUAUCUCUGUGUAUGCAUCUAUAGGUGUGUUGAUAUCUCUGGUACGUCUUGCUGAUUUUAGUUUGAAUUCAGAAUUAGUAGUUAAACCGAAAUUAUCUGCUUUGUAUCGAUGUGGCUGUUAUUAUCCACGGGCAGCAGAUGGUGAAUCAUAUUUCAUGUUUCAGUUGGAUUA